UGAUCAGCUGUGUCCAAUCACAGCUGAUCACAUGUACACUGAUCAUCAGGGCACUGAUGAUCAGUGUGCCCUGAUGAUCAGUGUAGCCCCAGCAGUGCCACCUGUCAGUGCCCAUCAAUGCCAGCUGUUAGUGCUCAUCAAUGCCACCUGCCAGUGCCCAUCAGUGCCACAUCAAUGCCACAUAUCAGUGCCUACCAGUGCACAUCAAUACCACAUAUCAGUGCCCAUCUGAGCUGCCUUUCAGUGUUACCUAUAUGGCAAUGUUCCAUCUAUCAUGCCAGUCAGUGCUAUCUAUCAGUGCUGCCAAUCAGUGCCAGUCGGUGCCGCCUAUCAGUGCGCAUCAGUGUUGCCUAUCAGUGCCUGUCAGUGCCGCCUAACAGUGCCACCUAACAGUGCCAGUCAGUGCCGCCUAUCAGUGCCAGUCAGUGCCGCCUAUCAGUG